AUGGCUGCACCGCUAUCGCCGACGCCGAGCACGGCUCUCAAUUUCUCGACACCGUCGACGGCUGUGCGCCACGAAACAUACGAAGCCCAGUCUCGCUCGGUCAGCUCAACACCAACACCGCAGUCACGACCUGCUGGGGACAACACCGAGAACAGCAACGACAGCGAUGAAGCCAGCUCGCCUUUUCUCUCGCACGUUAAGGACGACGCCUCGCCGACCACACGGGGGCCCUCACCGCCAAAAGCCCGCCCCGGGUCGCGCAUCAUCUCCGGAAGCGAGCUCUCACCGCUGAAGAUACUCCAGCAGCAACAACAGAUGCAAAUCCAGGCACAGACUCAGAACCAGCAGUCCCCAGCCCCGAGCGAGGACACGCCGUCUCCCGCCAAGAGCAUGCCACCGCCGCCGCUCCCGCAGAGCCCGCGGAAAAUGCCGGCCCCGAUCAAGCGGUUCCCAAUCAAGGUCAGCCAACCAUCAUCUGCCGCCAGCGAGUCACCCCGCCGGUCAUCGAACGAGCGCCGCCCGUCGGCCGAGCGCCCGACCAGCCUGGAAGCCGUGCGUGAGAACGAGGGGUUGAAGCACGCCAUCGACAUCUUUGAGGACGAGGCCAAUGGUGUCAACGGUGGUCUUGACGGAGACGACGACGACGACCAUACGCUGCUGGGGGCAAAUGACGGGCACGAUGUCAUUCCAGAGGACGACCAUUCUGCUUUGGCCGAGGAUAGCAUGAUCAGCUCCUUCAGCACCUUCUCAGCCGUGCCGGACCUGACCAUGCUAGCACGCCUGCGAAGCAACAGCCCCACCAAGUUCUCCGCCAUGAACGGCGCAAGCGUGCGAGCCGCCGCGGGCGUGCCCCAAACACCGCGCGCGAACGGCCCAUUGCCGGACCGGUCCGGCACAGGACAUAUGUACGAUUCGGGCGGCGGUGGCGGCAACACCACCACCAACCUGUUGGAUUUCACCGAGCAGCUGCGGUUCGGCGGCUACGGGAUCCCCCAGGCGACUCCGUCACGGGCGCCGUACGCGGCGGCCACCCCGCAGCGUCCCGGUGGCGGCAACAACCUCGUCAGCCUGCUCGACUUUGACAUGCCGCCGGCGCCGACGCCGCGCAGCGUGCCCAGCAUCACGCCGCGCGAGCUCGAGUCGCUCAAGUCAGGGUUCCUGUCCGAGAUCAGCAGCCUCAAGGCGUCGCUCAGCGGCAAGGAGGCUGAGGUGCUCUCGCUCAAGGCGGCCGUAGGGGACGCCGAGAAGCGCGUCGGGGAGUGCAUGGAGCAGCUGCGCGAGGUCGAGGGCGUGCUGGAGCCGCUGCGCGCCGAGAAGGACAGCUGGGAGCGCCGUGCGCGCGAGCUCGAGAGCGUGCUGUGCCAGGUGCGCGAGGAGGUGCUCCACGGCCGGCACGAGCGUGAGGAGCUUGAGUUUAAGCUUGAUGAGGCCGAGAAGCGCCGUGAAGCGGCUGAGAUGAUGGCACAAGAGGCGGAAAGCAAGAUGGCGGGCAUGAAGGCCGGCCGCGCCAGCGCCGCCGAGACCACAGACCCGCUCAAGACCAAUAAGGAGGUCGAAAAGGCCGUCGAGGCGGUCGCCCGCGACCUGCACGCAUUGUACAAGAUCAAGCACCAGGACAAGGUCAACGGGCUGAAGAAGAGCUACGAGCAGCGCUGGAAGGGCAAGGUCCUCGCUCUGCAGGCCCAGGUGGACGAGCUCACGCGCGAGAGGGAGAUGCUCCGCGCGGGUUUGGGGGGAAACAACAACAACAACCGCAUGGUCGACCCGGCCGUGGAGGAAGAGCGGCGGGCCGAGCGGGCGCGCGACGCCGCCCAGAUCCAGGAGCUGCGGGCCGAGGUGGAGAAGGUGGAGGCGGUGCUCAAGACGGUGCAGGCGGACAACGCCGAGCUGCGCGUGCUCCUCGAGCGCGAGCGCGUUGAGAAGGGCGAGCUCGUCAUGCUCGCUGAGGAGAUGAUGAGCAUGCAGAGCAGCUUUAUCGGGGCGCAGCAAGACGAUCAUAACAACAGCAACAACAACAACAACAACAACAACAACAACAACAACAACAACAACAACCCGACUGCUGCUGCUGCUGCUGCGCCGACACCGCGGCCAUCUUCCCCACCUACUCCCGCAACAGCGGCACGAACAAGCGCAAAGACACCCGGCAGGAGACAGUCCUCGUCCCUCCCGGCCUCGCGCAACACCCCUGGCGGCGAACCCCACAAUGGUAAUGCCAACCCGUUCAGGAUGAGUGUCAAUGGCGGUGGAAUAAGGGCGUCGGGCCUCAAGGCGCCUGGCGUCGGUCUGAAAGGACCUGCCGCUGGUGGUGAGAGCAGGAUUGGCCGGGUGAACCACCACGAAAGGACGAGAUCUACCAUGGGUCUGCCACGGCCCGGGUCUGGUCAGGGAUCUAGAGCCACGGGGACGGGCACGGGACCUACGGGGGGGAUUAUGAGUUCUAUUGAGAGGAUGGGGAUGGGGAUGAGUCGGGUGUGA